AUGGCAGGACCAGGGGGUUGGAGGGACAAGGAGGUCACGGAUCUCGGCCACUUGCCGGAUCCAACUGGUAUAUUCUCACUGGAUAAAACCAUUGGCCUUGGUACUUAUGGCAGGAUCUAUUUGGGACUCCAUGAAAAGACUGGUGCAUUUACAGCUGUUAAAGUGAUGAAUGCUCGUAAGACCCCUUUGCCUGAAAUAGGAAGGAGAGUGAGAGUGAAUAAAUAUCAAAAGUCUGUUGGGUGGAGAUACAGUGAUGAGGAAGAAGAUCUCAGGACUGAACUCAACCUUUUGAAGAAAUACUCUUUCCACAAAAACAUCGUGUCCUUUUAUGGUGCAUUUUUCAAGAUGAGUCCCCCUGGCCAGAGACACCAACUUUGGAUGGUGAUGGAGUUAUGUGCAGCAGGCUCAGUCACUGAUGUGGUGAGAAUGACCAGGAAUCAGAGUUUAAAAGAAGACUGGAUUGCUUACAUUUGCCGAGAAAUCCUUCAGGGCUUAGCUCAUCUUCAUGCACACCGUGUGAUUCACCGAGACAUCAAAGGUCAGAAUGUGCUACUGACACAUAAUGCGGAAGUGAAACUAGUGGAUUUUGGGGUGAGUGCCCAGGUGAGCAGGACUAAUGGGAGGAGAAAUAGCUUCAUUGGAACCCCAUACUGGAUGGCACCUGAGGUGAUUGACUGCGACGAGGACCCCAGACGCUCCUAUGACUACAGAAGUGAUGUAUGGUCUGUGGGAAUCACUGCUAUUGAAAUGGCUGAAGGAGCUCCUCCCCUGUGUAAUCUUCAGCCCUUGGAAGCCCUCUUCGUUAUUCUGAGGGAAUCUGCUCCCAAAGUCAAAUCCAGCGGAUGGUCCCGCAAGUUCCACAAUUUCAUGGAAAAGUGCAUGAUAAAAAAUUUCCUAUUUCGUCCUACUUCUGCGAACAUGCUUCAUCAUCCAUUUGUUGCAAAUAUAAAAAAUGAAGGACAUGUUGUUGAGUCCUUAAGGAAGCAUCUUAUCGGAAUUAUGAAAAAGAGACAGAAAAAAGGAAUGCCUCUUGUCUUUGAAAGAGAAGAAGCUAUUAAGGAACAGUACACUACGAGGAGAUUCAGAGGCCCUUCUUGUACUCAGGAGCUUCUGAGACUGCCGACCAGCAGUAGAUGCAGGCCACUUAGAGUCCUGCAUGGAGAACCUUCUCAGCCAAGGUGGUUACCUGAUCGAGAAGAGCCACAGGUCCAGGCACUUCAGCAUCUACAGGGAGCAGCCAGGAUGUUCACGCCACUAAAGGCUCAGGACAACACUCCUAGGCCUCUACAGGGGCAAGCCCAGGCACCACGGCGCCUCCAAGGGGCAGCUCAGGUGUUCAUGCCACUGCAGCCUCAGGUUAAGGCUAAGGCAUCUAGGUCCAUACCAGUGCAGCUUAAGGCUCCUCCACGACUACGGAGGACAGCCAGGAUGCUCACGCCACUACAGGCUCAGGUUAAGACACCUAGGCCUCAACAGACACGGGCCCAGGAACCCAAAGAGGGCCAAAUCCAGAGCCAGAACCAGGCAUUAGAAAAACCACAGGAUCUGGACCAGGUACCAGAGGAAUUUCAGAGGCAAGAUCAGGUUCCUGAACAACAAAGGCAGGGCCAGGCCCCUGAACAACAGCAGGGGCAGAACCAGCUACCUGAGCAACAGAUGGAGCAGAACCAGGAACCUGAACAGGAGGAGGUACAGGAAGAGGCUGUUGAGCCUGCCCAGGAGGAGACUGAGGAGGAGGAACCUGAGUCCUUACGAGUCCAUGCCCAGCUGUUCCUGCCCCUGCUGUCACAGAACCACCACGUGCUGUUGCCGCUACACUUGGAUACUCAGGUGCUCAUUCCAGUUGAGGGGCCAGCUGAAAGAGCACCUCAGGCACAGGCCUGGGCUCUAGAGCCCCCGCAGGCGGUUGGCUCAGUUCAAGCACUCAUAGAGGGUCUUUCCAGAGAUUUACUUCGAGCACCAAACUCCCACGACUCAAAGCCACUUGGUCCACUACAAACCUUAAUGGAAAUCCUGUCAGCAGACAUAUUUUACUCUCAGCCAGAGCAGGCACGUAAGAAAAAAUCAAAGGUUUUUAGUCUGAGGCAGGCAUUGGCAAAAAGACUGUCACCAAAGCGGUUCCGAGCAAAAUUAUGUCGGAAACCUGAAGAGUUUGAGCUGUCAGACUUAGAAGCCCGCAGGCAAAGGCGCCAGCAUAGAUGGGAGGAGAUCUUCACUCACCAUGAGGAGGAAUUGAGACAAGGUGCAAACGACAAAGAAGAUGAAUCUUCAGACAAUGACGAAGUAUUUCAUUCAAUUCAGGCUGAAGUCCAAAUAGAACCACUGCAGCCAUACGCUCCAAAUGCUAAAGGGAAUGAUGUCCAAGAGAGAUCUUCUUCUAUGCCUUGCAACCAGGAUCGUGCACUGCGGGUUAAGUUCGCUCCAAGUGUUCCUCAUGGGUCUCUUUUGGAACAAGCUCAGAAGCCCAUUGACAUCAGACAAAGGAGCUCGCAAAAUCCUCAGAAUUGUCCAGCAGCAUCAGAAUCUUCUUCUGAAGACGAGAGCCCUGUGACUGGGAGGAGGUCCCAGUCCUCACCUCCCUAUUCUACGAUUGAUCAGAAGCUGCUGGUUGAUGUCCAUGUUCCAGAUGGAUUUAAAGUAGGAAAAAUAUCACCCCCCGUUUACUUGACAAAUGAAUGGGUGGGCUAUAAUGCACUCUCUGAAAUCUUCCGGAAUGAUUGGUUAACUCCAUCACAUGUCAUCCAGCCACCUGAAGAGGAUGGUGAUUAUGUUGAACUCUAUGAUGCUGGUGCUAAUACUGAUGGCGGUGAUGAUGAUUCUAAUGAUGUUUAUGAGGAUACUUAUGACCAUGACAAUGGCGAUGAUGAUUUCUAUAACCAGACUGAUCGGGCUAAUGAUGUUGGUGAAGACUAUGAUGAGCCUGUUGAUUAUGAAGUUAAUAAUCAUGAAGAUGCUCCUGUUUGGCCAAGGCCAGGCUAUGGCAAUUAUGAAAGCUUCAAGCAAGAUAGAAAUGGAAAUGAUGGACAAGGAAUCUGCAGCAAUUAUGGAAGUCACCGAACCAGAAGAAGCCAAGGAGUGGGUGCAACCCAUGGGGUCGGUGCAGCCCGUGGGGUCGGUGCAGCCCGUGGGGUCGGUGCAGCGAUUGGAGGGCAAGGUGAACAAGAAGCCAAUUUAGUUCAUGGAAGAAGAGGGAAGGAGAGUGAUGAAAGCAAGGAAGCCAGUGGAAGCAAUGAAGAAAGUGAAACCUUUGAACUCGAUGGAGAAAAUUGCGCAGAAAUAGAUGAUCUGGGAUUGGAGAGAGCAGCAUCCCAGGACUUUGAACAUCAACAGGAGGAGCGAGCUGGUAAAAGCGAGGCCUCAAAUGCCAUUGCAUCGGGCCCUGCUCUCGUAGCACCUGAUGAUGAGAGUGACAGUAUGGACAUAUCGGAAGUAUCAACGGUGUCGGGAUUUUCUGCCAGCUACUCAUCUCCAUCCAAUGGUUCUGGGACUGCAAAUGCUGACUUGCCAAGUGCCAUCUUAUAUCCUGGAUUAGUGGAUGUACCUGAGAAAUCACCUGAGCAACCCUCUGAAGUCAAUGUUAACCCACUAUAUGUCACUCCUACAUGUAAAAAACCACUAAUCCAUGUGUAUGAAAAGGAAUUCACUUCUGAGAUCUGCUGUGGUUCUUUGUGGGGAGUGAAUUUGCUGUUGGGGACCCGAUCUAAUCUGUAUCUGAUGGACAGAAGUGGAAAGGCAGAAAUUACUAAACUCAUAAAACGAAGACCAUUCCGUCAGAUUCAAGUUGUAGAGCCACUCAAUUUGCUGAUUACCAUCUCCGGCCAUAAGAACAGACUUCGGGUGUAUCACUUGACCUGGCUGAGGAACAAGAUUUUGAAUGAUGAUCCAGAAAGUAAAAGAAGACAGGAGGAAAUGCUAAAGACAGAGGAAGCCUGCAAAGCUAUUGAUAAGUUGACUGGCUGUGAGCACUUCAGUGUCCUCCAACAUGAAGAAACAACCUACAUUGCUAUUGCUUUGAAAUCAUCAAUUCACCUUUAUGCAUGGGCACCAAAGUCCUUUGAUGAGAGCACUGCUAUUAAAGUACUAUGCAUUGAUCAAUCAGCAGACUCCGAAGGAGACUACAUGUCCUAUGAAGCCUAUAUACGAAUACUGGCAAAAAUACAGGCAGCUGAUCCAGCAAACCGGUUUAAGAGACCAGAUGAGCUCCUUCAUUUGCUGAAGCUCAAGGUGUUUCCAACAGUUGGUCAUAAGCCAGUGACAGUUGACCUGGCUAUUGGUUCUGAGAAAAGACUAAAGAUUUUCUUCAGCUCAGCAGAUGGAUAUCACAUCAUCGAUGCCGAAUCUGAGGUUCUGUCUGAUGUGACCCUGCCGAAUAACCCCCUGGAAAUCAUUAUACCACAGAAUAUCAUCAUUUUACCUGAUUCCUUGGGAAUUGGCAUGAUGCUCACCUUCAAUGCUGAAGCCCUUUCUAUGGAAGCAAAUGAACAACUCUUCAAGAAGAUUCUCGAAGUGUGGAAAGACAUACCAUCUUCAGUGGCUUAUGAGUGUACACAGCGAACCACAGGAUGGGGCCAGAAGGCCAUUGAAGUUCGCUCUUUGCAGUCAAAGCUUCUGGAAAGUGAACUGAAGCGCAGAGCAGUCAAGAAGCUGAGAUUUCUGUGUACCCGAGGUGAUAAGCUGUUCUUUACCUCUACCCUGCGUAAUCGCCACAGCCGGGUUUACUUUAUGACCCUCGGAAAACUUGAAGAGCUCCAAAACAAUUAUGGUGUUUAA